ACGCGCAUUCAUUCAGUGAUUAAUUGUCAAUUGAUCGUGAUUAUUUUCUUUUCGUGCAAUUAAAACAACUUUUCUAAUCCAUUAAUAGUAAUUCAAAAAUCAAAUUAACUAAUUUAAUAUCUGGUUUAAAUAUAACGAAAAUGGCAGUGUAUUUCCCUCAGCAUGUGUUUGAAAAAAUUUUCAAUUAUAUUAAAGAUCCAAGGAAACUUUUGAAACUAAGUCAAGUUCACGUGAGUUGGAAAAAUUAUAUUGAUAAUUCAGAUAUUUGGAAAGAAUUAUGUUCUGGUGAAGACAUAAAACCAUGGAAAUAUCAGUUGAUAAAAAUGAAAUUUCCAUUUUUGGAAAAUCAACAUUACAAAAGUUUGACUUUUAAACAAUUAAAAGACGUUGUUAUUUUGUACUUGCAAUGGUGUUCAUUAUUGCGAAGUGGUACUGAAAAAAUUCAAGGAUCCUUCAAUGUAGCUCAAUCUGAUAGUGAUAUCAACACAUAUAAGUAUGACUAUGACUUAUUAGACAAUUAUUUGGCUGCCGGAGUUUAUUUUACUGGUUUGAUAAAUUUAUACAACUUAAAAACCGGUAAUGCCGAGAUGGAACCGAUAGCAUUUAAAGACCAUAUCGAGGAUUUAAAUACUUAUGAAGCAUUUCCUUCCGGCCGGAUCACAAUUAAAAUUUGGCAUACUGACGAUGGAAAAAUAAUUCUUGUAAUAUAUAUGAACUAUCAAAUUUUGCUUUGGAACGUUGAAGAAAAAAGGAAAUAUAAAACUCCUGAAAUUUUUCUCACUGAUGUACGGAAAUCUUUGUACUUAAGCCGAGGAUUUAAUAACGACGUUUUUAUUAUAAACCACCAUAAUCCUAGAAAAUUGUCAGUUCUUCAACUGGAACUGAGUGAUGACGAUGAAAUAAUAGCCAAUGAAAUUUUGAAUAUUCAUGUUGAAAACUACCUCGCUUACACUUAUAAAGGAUUAUGUGUUAAAAAUCGCAAAAUAAUGUUAAUUUAUCUAUUGCAUCCACGUAUAACAGAGGUACCCGCUACUUUAAAGUUAGCAGUAACAAUUGUCAAAAUUCCUCAGUUAUUGUCUGAGCCAAUUACUAUUAGUGUCGAUGAUAAUAAUUACACGACAACAGUCUUUCACAAAAGGGGUUAUCUUGUGUACAAAUUUUUUAUUCCAACUUUUAAACUCCUGAUGGCUUACCACGAGAAAGAUAAAAAAUUUCGCGUUAUCGUAUUAAAAACUUCUCGUCAUGGACGGAAACCAGCUGUCGUAGAGGAGGCAAAUUACGAACUACCAGAUGACAUAAGUAAAGAAACAGUAUCCUACAUUAAUUUUUUCGCAAAUUUCUUAUUAAUAACUACUAAGCAAGGGAAUAUUUUUAUAUAUCAACUUCAGGACAUAUCAAAUUUAUUUGACAUUCAAUUUGAAAGUCUUCCAAUGCUCAAAAUAUUUCUCAAUGAUGUAUCAAUAAGGGAAUUAAAAAUGACUCAGAUUGAUGGAAUACCCAAUCUGAUUGUGCCAACUAAAAAUUCUUUCGUACAUUUUCUGCGCAUGAUUUAGUUUUCCCAAAAUUGCUCUUAUCAAUAAUAAUACCCGUAGUAAAAAAAUAUAUAUAUGUAAUCCGCAGCAAUAAAUAAAUGAAUAAAUUUUUUUUUCCAU